UAUAGUGCGCAUGUGCCCAGGCAAGGUUUCUGACUUUGUGCGCAUGCUCCUGGUCAAUGAAAGUAAAACUCGAAAUAAAGCAGAAAGUAGAAACAUCUUUGGUGUAACUUCUUCCGCCGAUGCUCGAACUGUACCGGACGGGCCAAUCUCAGGGGGAGCUGAGCGGAAAUCAUCCCGGAGCCUCUCUCACAGUUGGGGGCAGGAAGUUCUCGGGCUUCGGUCCGCCGGGUCCCAGAGACCGCCUGAAGGAAAGGCGCCACUUUAGAGUCCAGCAGGUAUCUCAGCAGCAAAGAUGCCCGCCCGGAUGGAUGACGUCAUGCGUUUGUGCUGUGAAAUAUCAGCUCACGAACAGAUCAAGGUCGCUGUGAAAAACUCCACCAAAGGGGCGAUGGUGGCAGGAGGAACUGCGUUUGUGGGCGGGCUGCUCGGUGGACCUCCGGGGAUUGCUGUUGGCGGUGCCGUCGGCGGUCUCCUGGGUAGCUGGUUGACCAGCGGUCAGUUCAGACCUCUGCCUCAGAUCCUGAUGGAGUUGCCUCCUACGCAGCAGAAGCAGCUCUACGAGUCCAUCGUGGCCGUCUUAGGGAACCUGGACUGGACAGACGCGGCCCAGCUCAUCUCUCUUGUGAUGGGGAACACCACACUCCAGCAGCAGGUCGCUGCCGCCUUAAUUAGCUACGUCACAAAGGAGCUCAGAGCUGAGGUGCGGUAUCAGGACUGAAGGACGGGUCCACGUGGACUUCACAGCACAACCAGAGACCUUCACAGGCCAACUGAAUAAUGGACGUUUCACUUCAUAACUGAUCUGAUACAACAACAAAAAAUUCUCAAUAAUGUUUGAACUCAGAUAAUGUUUGUAUAGCACUGAUGUGUUGGUCACUUUUUAAUCCCAUUUGUCAUUGUUUCUGGAUUAGAAAAGCUCAGGUCCACACUCUGUAUCAGGGUGUUUUUAUGUACACCUGCUCACAGAUUUCAAAUAAAAGGAACCGCGAGUUUCACUGAUACUUGUU